UUGACUGUAGGGCGGUCUGACAACCCUGUAUUUUUCAUUUUUCAUUUUUCAUCUGAACAGCCUCUGAACAGCCUCUGAACAGCGUCUAAACAGCCUCUAAACAGCCCCUAAACAGCCUCUAAACAGCAAAUUUGUGUCUUAUGCAUAGCUUAUGUGGAGCAUCUGGGGAUCCAUGACAAACAGAAAGUACAGAUGAAAGACUGAGCACUUCACUUCCGGAUCAGGGGAUUCAGAGGCCUCCCGAUGCGGCCGGUCUGCCCGUCCUGCCUUCCCGUCUCGCCGUGGUGGUCGGCGAGUAUGGCUGCCAACAUACACAGUCCGUCGUCGACGAGAAACGAGUGGCUGUCGUGGGCUCACUCCUGAAUAAUAGCGACAACGGCCAUGGAGCUUAGGCAGGGUGCGCGGCCUGGGCCGCCACCAAAUCCCGAAAACCUCCCAUACCAAUUGUAUAGAACUAUGAGGGCCAGUUGAGCUGCAUAUACUUCCAUCAGCGACAUGGACAGCGCCUGCAAGCUACAACUUGCGAGACCUGGAGUGUAUCGUCGUUGUCGGCGGCAUCAUGACGCAGGCAGGCGACUGCUCAUCUGCACUUUGCCUGCCAUUGAUUAUCGGGGGCAACAACAACCCUGCAGGAAAUGGGACGAAACGCCUCUUGAUUCUGUUGAAUCACUGCUGUUUAAUUGUGUCUGACACUGGGAAUCUCUAUUGGUGAGCAAUGGAACCUCAUCCCUUCAUUCUUCAUUUCAAUUCUGCACGAGUCCUGCGCGAGUCCUGCAGGAACUCGUUGCGGUGAGAGGUGGACCCCCACUGUGCCAAGCGCGCGUCUCCCUCAUUGGGGAAGACGCCCUGGCUCUAAUUUUAUACACACGCUAGUGGCCCGAAGCGUUAAUUUAUUCUGCCACCAUGUCAUUCACCAACCCUAACCACUUAUAGUUAGGCGGUGAGUACCUCCAUUAGUGAAUAACCAAGGACUUGCACGUGAUAUCCCUUGUCUACUGUUCGCAUUGUUCACCAGUUUUUGCCAAGGGAUACCUUCCAGUUGUGUUUGCAAGAGAGCUUCGGUGCAUAUGCAUUGAAUAUAAGUGGAAUCAAAAGCAUAUUUACUGAUCUGGCCAGUCUGCAGAGCUGGCUUUGCAAUCAUGACUCCCAGGACGACCGGCUUUGCCGACAAGCUGAAAUCAAUUUCUACAGGAGCAGAAGUAGAAAAUCUUCCCCUGAUCAGGGUCCAUACCGCUGCAGCACUCCUUGUCUUCUACACCUUCCUCUAUGUUGCCCCAUUCUACCUCUCAUCCGCCACGAGGCCCUCCGCAACCAUCUCCCGCAAUGUCCCCUCCGUCAUCAAAGCACGCAUCCGCUCCGUCACCUGGACAUGCGCCAUAUGCACCAUCACCACCUUCCUCCUCCUAACCUACCUCCCCCCAUCCAGCACCCACCUCACCACCCUCCACCUCAUGGGCUACCACCCCACCGGCCUCCUCCCCUCCCUCAAAGCCCUCCUCCUAACCGCCAUCCUCUUCCUCGGCCCCCUCUUUGAAUCCGGCAUCGUCGAAGGCAACUGGCGCUCCUGGGUCCGCCUCCGUGGCCUCACAACCCUUUGGCACGACCUCCCCACCUACCGCAACCUCGUCGCCGGCCCCGUAACAGAAGAGCUACUCUUCCGCUCCGCCUCACUGCCGCUCUUCCUCCUCUCCCCUGCGUCGCUGCGCACCACUUUCCUCCUCCCGCCCCUCGUCUUCGGACUCGCGCAUAUCCACCACAUCUACGAGUUCCGCAUAUCCAACCCCUCUGUCCCACUCCUGCUCGGCGUGAUUCGCUCGGUCAUACAGCUGAUGUACACGACUCUGUUUGGAUCGUAUGCCACGUUCCUGUAUCUCCGGACGGGCAGUCUCGUGGCGGUUAUUCUGUGCCAUACGUUUUGCAACUGGAUGGGCCUUCCGAGGUUUUGGGGACGAGUGGAGGGAGGAGGUGCGGAGUCGGUUAUGGGACCAGAUAGUGGGGGUGGUCUGGGGAAGCGGGAUGAGAGUCAGGGACCUGAGUCAGGGGCGCAGUUGGGGGUUGCGUGGACGGUCGCGUAUUAUAUACUCCUUGUUGUUGGUGCUGUGGGAUUUUAUAAGUACUUUUGGGUGCUUACGGAGAGUAGCAAUGGAUUGUUGGGGUUUUAGAGCAAGUUGGUAGUUAAUUCUAAUUUUCUAUACGGAUAUUAAACCUGAU